CCAGUUGAACAAUAAAGAGGAACGGAUCUGGGCUUUUGGAGUAAUUAUUUUAUAUGUUGCCAUUAAGCACGGUGCGUUAGCAUUUUCUUUCCCGGGAGAGAAGCAAAAAAGAUUAAAGCAGAAUGAUAACGGCGUCGUUUAGCGUGUCGAACAAAGCGGCGGCGGCAGCAGCAGCAGCUAAGACGGUUUUGAUAACCGGAGUGAGCAGAGGGCUGGGUAGAUCCCUAGCUCUUGAGCUUUCCAAGAGAGGCCACACCGUUAUCGGGUGCUCCCGCUCCCAGGAUAAACUCAACUCCCUCCAAUCGGAGCUCUCCUCCCCCGACCGUCACCUCCUCCUCAAUGUCGAUGUGAGUUCAAAUAGCAGCGUUGAGGAGCUGGCCCGAGUAGUAAUGGAAAAGAAGGUUGUUCCAGACAUAAUAGUAAAUAAUGCAGGUACAAUCAAUAAAAACAACAGAAUUUGGGAGGUUCCUGUGGAAGAGUUUGAUGCCGUUAUUGAUACAAAUGUGAAAGGGAUUGCAAAUGUGCUGCGCCACUUUAUCCCUUUGAUGAUUCCAAAGAGUCGAGGGAUUAUUGUUAAUAUGUCUUCUGGAUGGGGAAGAUCUGGUGCUGCCCUGGUUGCACCGUACUGUGCAUCAAAGUGGGCUGUUGAGGGUUUAAGCAGAGCAGUGGCAAAGGAGAUGCCAGAUGGGUUUGCUGUUGUAGCACUUAGUCCAGGUGUGAUAAAUACUGAAAUGCUUCAAUCUUGCUUUGGAAAUUCAGCCUCAGUAUAUCAGACACCUGAAGCAUGGUCUUUGAAGGCAGCUACAAUGAUACUCAAUCUCACUGCAGCAGACAAUGGGGCUUCCCUCACUAUCUGAAGAAAGAACACAACUGACUUUUUAGAUUCAAUUCAUCUCAUGGAUAUGACUAUCUGUCCUGGAACAAUCAAGUCUGGAAUUUCCUUGGGAUGCCUGUAAAGAAAUCUCUACACAAAUUUUCCAUUAGUUAAACAUUAGUUUCAGUCAUACAUUUGAAGGUGAUAAAUUUUGUUAACUAACAAAUUCUAAGAGGUCUGUAUUAUGGCCGGAAAAUGUUCGAGUUCACUUGCAGCGGCACUCUUAUUUGAAAAUCAAUAUGCAUCCAACUUUUUGAACUUGAAGUCGGUUACUCCAGGAUAUACUUGAUAAUUGUAUAUGAUUGAAUAUUAUGACAUCUACUAAAUCCUCUUUGUUUAUUUA